UCAUUACCGUAUAUGUCAAUGGCAAACAGUCAUUACCUCCAGAAGGUGUACCGGACUAGGUGCGGAGGUUCAUGGCCUACGCCCUACUUGACCAACGUUAGCUAAACGCUUAUUCGAAUGUUAGCAAAAAGCGACAGAAAAGAGGUUAGGCAAAUUGAGCACGUGCGGUUUAAACUGUGCUUUUCAGCUGACACCAGCGCUACUGACCGCUAACAUCAUGUCAGAAAAGUCUCCUCUUCUACAUUACCGACUCGCACCAAGCACCAGUCCGUGUGCGAAAGAUGUGUCUAAACACAGCGGGCUCAAGGCGGGCAGAGACGGUCGACGGACCAGGGACAAGACCGCCCGGGAGCUCGGAGUGGUGUUUGGCGUGGUCAUACCAACUGUACUGUCCAUGUUUGGCGUCGUUUUGUUUCUGCGAAUUGGAUUCGUUGUGGGUCAAGCAGGGCUCUACCAGUCCAUUGCCAUGUUCCUGGUGGCCUACUUUAUCAUCACAAUGACCGUGCUUUCUGUCUGUGCCAUCUCCACCAAUGGGGCUUUAGAUGCUGGAGGUGCUUACUACAUGAUCAGCCGAGCCCUGGGUCCAGAGUUUGGCGGCAGCAUUGGGAUCAUGUUUUUCUUUGCCAAUGUGUGUGGCAGUGCUCUCUAUGUUUUGGGUCUGGUUGAGGCUAUCAUAUCUACCUUUGGCAUCCCAGAAGAGGGUGCUGCAGGUCUCCAUCAGGUGUUGCCCUCAGGAUACUGGUGGUCUCUGCUGUAUGGCACUGUCUUACUCUUCCUGUGUUUUAUUGUCUGCUUGGUUGGAGCCCACAUUUAUGCCACCGCCACCUUUAUUAUCGUCGUCAUAGUCGUGGCAGUUUUGGCUACUAUCUUCAUCAGUUUUUUCAUUGUGGGACCCAUUGUGGUGAUUCUGCCAGGGAGUUCUGGUCUAAACAGUACCAGGCUGACCACUGCCAAUUAUACUGGCCUUCAGCUCCACACCUUGGAGGGAAACCUAUUGCCCAAUUACACAGUAGACUACACCACUGGUGCCAUGAUGAAUUUUGCCACAGUGUUCGCUGUGAUGUUCAAUGGCUGCACUGGGAUUAUGGCAGGCUCCAACAUGUCAGGCGACCUGAAAAACCCAAGCUUUUCCAUCCCAAGAGGGACUCUUGCAGCGGUUCUUACAACUUUCAUCACAUACAAUCUGCUUAGCCUGCUGGUUGCGUUAUCCUGUGACCGUCACCUUCUUCAAAAAGACUACGGUUUCCUGGGAGACAUCAAUAUAUGGACGCCCCUGGUGACAAUUGGGGUUUACUCCUCCACCUUGUCUGCUGCCAUGAGUAACCUGAUAGGAGCCUCCAGAGUCCUGUAUGCCCUGUCCAAAGACAACCUGUUUGGGGGUGUCCUGGCUCUGGCGAGUAAAACAUCUCGGAGUGGGAACCCCUGGGCUGCUGUGCUUGUCUCCUGGUUGCUUGUACAGGUGGUGUUGUUUGCUGGUAAAUUGAAUACCAUUGCUGGUAUUGUAACUAUCUUCUUCUUGUUGGUUUAUGCUGCUGUGAACCUGGCCUGUUUGGCUCUUGAAUGGGCUUCUGCACCAAACUUCAGACCCUCAUUCCGUUGUUUUACAUGGCAUACCUGCACUCUGGGCAUUCUUGGCUGCCUGGUAAUGAUGUUCCUGAUCAAUGCCAUUUAUGCAUUUGCCAGCAUAGCCUUUAUGCUACUGCUAUUGAUGCUUAUCCACUACCUCGGCCCCAUCAGCAACUGGGGCUACAUAAGCCAGGCUCUCAUCUAUCAUCAGGUGCGCAAGUACCUGUUGAUGUUGGAUGGGCGUAAGGACCAUGUGAAGUUCUGGAGGCCCCAGUUGCUGCUGAUGGUGGCAAACCCCCGCAGCUGUACAGGUCUAAUGACUUUUAUGAAUGACCUGAAGAAGAGUGGCCUCUAUGUACUGGGACAUGUAAAGCUGGGUUCACUGGAUGGGUUGCCCUCUGAUCCUCUGCAGAGCCAUUAUGACUCCUGGCUGUCUCUAGUGGACCAUCUAAACAUCAAGGCAUUUGUCAACCUUACCCUGGCAGACUCUGUCCGACACGGAGUUCAGAACCUGCUUUUCGUCACAGGCUUUGGUGGAAUGAGACCAAACACCCUUGUCUUGGGUUUCUAUGAUGACUGCACCCCUCAAGACCAUCUCCAAGGCAAAAUUCUUCUGUCUUCAGGCUGUAGCUUGGAUACAAAAACUCCAUCCGUAGACCCCCGAGAGCAAUGGUCCCCCUUCUUCCAUAAUGUGCGGGAUGCCGAGGAACUCAAAGACCUUCAGGAAGAGGAAUAUGUGUCAGUGAUCGCUGACGCUGUAAAAAUGGGGAAGAAUGUGACACUGGCUCGUUACUUCAACCAGUUCAACCGGGAGAAGGUCAUGGGCUCAGGAAGAAAGAUAGGGGGCAACCGAAGCAUGACGGGGCAAUUCAUUGACGUGUGGCUUCUGAAUUUGCUUCGACCAGACGGCUGUGGCUACGUCGACAUUUGCUCACUGUUCCUGUUGCAGUUGGCCGGCGUGCUUAAAGAGACCCGUGCCUGGAGCCAGGCAAGACUUCGCCUCUUCCUGUGUGUGGAGGCUGGUUGCAGUCUGAAAGAAGAGGAGGAGAAGAAGCUCCGGUUGAUGCUUAAGGAGCUAAGGAUUUCAGCUCAGGUGCAGAUGGUGGCAUGGGACCCGGUGGUGGCACUGCACUGGCAGAGACAAGGAGGAAGAGGGAGAGGGAAUCUGGUAGAGUCUGCACAGAAUGAGGAAAGGAGGGACAGACCAGAGGAAGAGAAAGUUGAAAAGGAAGAUGAUAUCCAAACAUUUCCCAAUAAUGUUGCUCAGCUGACAGAUGAGUAUAUCUGUGCUGUCAAUGAUCUGAUUCGCAGACACGGUGCCCCUCAGCCUGCUGUUCGAUUCUUGUAUUUACCCCGGCCACCAGCAGACACAAGCCAUUACCAUGCCUACCUCCACCAGCUGGCCGUGUUGAGUCGGGACCUGGGCCCAACAUUGCUCAUUCACGGGGUCACUCCUGUGGUCACUACUGACCUCUAAACUUUUACUAUCAACUCUCAAAAUCCCAGAUCUGAUAGUUGUCCAUGGGACUGUGCCUCUUGCUACCACUUUAUUCACCUGAUAUUUAAGCUGUUACCUAAAACCUCAGACCUGACAAUGACAACACAACGAACCCAUUUUAUACUGGGUCACACCCACAUUUUGAGUUUAUAAAAUUUGUUUCCCUUAUAUACUUGGGGGAAAUGGAUUUGAUGACCUCAAGUUUACUUCUGUAAAUGCUAUAGUGGUGUAGAAAUGUACAAUUUGCACAUUUUGUGGGGUGAAAGGUUGUAGUUAAAAUCAGAAAGAAGUAUAGUAGGCCCAUGCUCUGGCCCAUGCAUUUGUUAAAAUACUGUUAACCACAUGUUCUUGAACAUUGUCAACUUUGACUUUUUGCACAUGUUAUAGAAAGAUGAAUUAAAUGAAUUCUUGUAUUAC